CUAGUCCACACAAUUCUCGUCAGCUCUCCUGUGCAAUGAUCUGAUUCAGAAAAAGCUCUAGAGGUAAUGAGGAAAAUAUGCUCAGCACUUGUUGGCUGUCUAGAAGCAGCAAAGCUGUGAUGGCCAGUCACCAAGCAGAAGUUCAGAGUUUGAAGCUAGAUAAUGAUUCAGUUAUAGAAGGAAUAAGUGACCAGGUACUGGUGGCAGUUGUGCUCAGUUUCACUUUCAUUGCUGCUCUGGUAUAUACGCUUUUAAGAAAUGAACAUCAGAACAUACAUCCCGAAAACCAAGAGCUAGUGCGAGCUCUUCGUCAGCAGCUUCAGACGGAGCAGGAUGCCACUGCUGGUGAUCGACAUCGCUUUUAUACAGACAUGUCCUGUCCAGUCUGUUUGCAACAGGCUACAUUUCCUAUAGAAACAAACUGUGGGCAUCUCUUCUGUGGUUCCUGCAUUAUUGCCUACUGGAGGUACGGCUCGUGGCUCGGUGCCAUCCGUUGUCCAAUCUGCAGGCAGACGGUAACAUUGUUUUUACCACUCUUUGGUGAAGAUCAGCAGGGUGCAAACCAAGUGUUUCAAGAUGUUAGUGAUUACAAUCGGAGAUUCUCUGGACAGCCCAGAUCUAUUAUGGAAAGAAUUAUGGAUCUGCCCACUUUACUGCGACAUGCUUUCAGGGAGAUGUUUUCUGUUGGGGGCCUCUUCUGGAUGUUUCGCAUCAGAAUAUUCCUCUGCCUAAUUGGAGCCCUGCUCUACCUGGCUUCACCUCUGGAUUUUCUUCCUGAAGCACUCUUUGGAAUUCUGGGUUUCUUGGAUGAUUUCUUUGUCAUUUUUCUUCUGCUGAUUUAUAUCUCUAUCAUGUACCGAGAAGUGGUGACACAGCGUCUGAACAGAUGAAAUGGACAGAAAUGGCCCAAAAGCAGAGGCAGUUGUGGAAUGUUUUAAAAAAGAGAACUAUAAUGUAAGUAUGAUAUGGCAAGGUGCCUGUGUACA